CUAAAACGCCGUCGUUCCAUCAAAACGACGUCGUUCUUCUCCCAAGACGGUGUCGCUUCCCUGAAACGGCGUCGUUUUUUUUUUUUCUUUUUUCUUUUUUCUCUCUCUCAAAAAUUUAGAUUAAUUUUAGAUCUUCUCCGUGCGCUUUGGUGAGAAUUUCAGCCUUUAAAGGAUAUUAGAAGAAGAUGAGAGAAUGGAGUUAUAUAGUUGUCCUUCAAGAGGAAGUGGGGUGUUUUGGUUGUUCUUCUUCUCAAUAUAUUUGUGCAACUGUCGUGUACAGGGGGAGAGAGAAAGGAAAGGAUAAUAUAAAGAAAAUGUUGGGAAAAUUUUCCAAGUGUUUGUAUGUUGUGGAUGGAAUAGUGAAUGAAAUUGUCUUGUAUUCUAUGUUCAAUUUAUCAUCUGACAAACAGGAUUUAGAUUGUAAUUUGUAUAAACUUAGAACCCUAAAGAGGUUAAAGUCAUAGUAAAAUGGUGAGUGGUGUGAGGGUUGACACACAUAUUUGGUUAAAUAUUCUGAAUAUUACGUGUAAACUAACUGUCCUUCUGAAGGACUGAGGUUGUGAAACAAGGUGUGUUCAGGUUCAGCACAUCUUCAGAAUUACUUCCUCAACUUGACAGCAGCCCAUAAAUCUCAUUUAUGGGGGUGUGAAGGGGAGAGGUAUGGGUUUGGCAAUUCAAGCUAUGGACACCUCAACUAGUUGGAAGUACCCAGGAGCAUCCAAAUCUGUUAAUUUUUAUAGGACUAGGAGUUGGAGUUUUCUUUUUCUUUGAAAUUUAACAUUUGUAUUAUUUAUUUAAAUGGGGUUCCUUUUUCCCUUGAAGCUCAUCUCUUGCUGCUUUUGGAUUUGUUUAUACCUAUAGGAAAAGUUCUCUCUUGAUUUAUCUCUAUCAUUGUCGAUAUAGAAAUUGAAUCAAAUACAACAUUGUUCCGUAUUGCUCUUUUUUUGUUCUUAUUUUUCAUUACAUACAUGUGUGAUCUAUUCUGGAUUAAAACCAGAAAACCCAAAUCCUCUAUUCUAUUUAAUGUUUGUGAUUUUGAAUUUUGCUCCAAUUCAUUUAGCUGAGAUCUUGUUUGCAUUGUCAAAAUGAAUUUUUUAGCUUUAGGUUAAAGAAGUUGCUCAAGUUGACGCAGAGUUGAUGUUUUUUAGUUGUAGUUUAGACAACUUUAUCAGUAAGCAAUGGACCUCUAUGUAACUAAUCCUGGGCCAAUUGAUGAAUCUGUACUUUAUGAUCAAGAUAAGCAUGUGUCAUCAGCAGUGUGGGAGGGGCAGGAGCGUGGUGCACUUAGAUGCCAUGAACACACUUCGAAACUUGAUCAAUGGGCACUCACUCCAAAACAGCUGGAGUUAGUACAUAAAGCUGGAUUUGGGUACUUAAGAUUAAUUCCUGCUAUUAGUUUAGACAAUCCACUUAUCUCUGCACUAGUUGAGAGGUGGAGGAGAGAAACAAAUACAUUUCACUUGAAUGUUGGAGAAAUGACAGUGACACUUGAAGAUGUUGCAUACUUGCUUGGACUAGCAAUUGAUGGUGAGCCUGUAAUGGGUGUAACAUACACCACAUGUGACUCAGUAUGUGAAAAACUUUUAGGGAAAGCACCAGACUCUGGUUACACAAGUGGUGGGAUGGUGAAGUUAAGUUGGUUGAAAGAGUCCUUUUCUCAUUGUCCUGAAGACGCACCAAUGGAAGAGAUAGAGUGCCAUACACGUGCUUACCUGCUUUACCUUGUUGGUAGUACUAUAUUUUCCACUACCACUGGCAAUAAAGUCCCUGUGAUGUACCUUCCAUUGUUUGAGAAUUUUGACCAAGCUGGGAAGCAUGCUUGGGGUGCAGCAGCAUUAUCAUUCUUGUAUAGAGCACUUGGCAAUGCUUCCCUUAAAUCUCAAAGUACUGUUAGCGGCUGUUUAACACUAUUACAGUGUUGGAGUUACUAUCACCUGGAUAUUGGUCGACCAAAGCUUAAUCAAGACCCAUUCCAUGUUCCUUUUCCACUUGUACUUAAAUGGAAAGGAAAGCAAAGUGGUCCAACAGCAAACCGUGAUUUAAUGUUCUAUCGUAAGGCAUUGGACUCCCUUAAGUCAUGUGAUGUUGAGUGGCUUCCUUACAUCAACAUUGACAAUAGGAUUAUACCAGAAGAUAUCAAGAGUAGUUUGAUUGUAGGGAGGUCAAAAACAAUGUUGAUAUGUUUUGACAAGGCAGAAAGACACCUCCCUGACCGAUGCUUAAGGCAAUAUGGCAUGAACCAGUCAAUCCCAGAAGAUGUGCAGCGGUGGGAAAGAAAGAGUCGUGGAGUUGAUGGUGGGGUAGACUUGUCAGGGAAAAUGGAACUAGAGCUUAAUGAAUGGUUGGACCGUCGACUUAAUAUUGUGGAAGGUGAUGAGGGUGUGGAAGAAAGUGAAUACAUGCAGUGGUACAUGAAAAUUACACGUAGAUUUGUAGGAAGACUUUUACCUUUAUCAUCCGAAUUUCAGAGAAUGCAUGCUGCUUUAAGGGAUAUUGCACACAUAGCUGAUACAGUCUCCACACAGGGGAUGGAUUCUCAGCAAAUGGAAUCAGUGACAAGGAUCAGGUAUAUUGUGCAUGAAUGUCUGAGGGACCAAGUUGGAACUUCAAUGCUAGUGUCGGGCAUCCCACAGGUUGAACAUAGGAAAAGAAUAAGGGGAAAAGAGAGAGUAAGAAGAAAGAGUAUUGGGAAACGUAAGCGGAAGGAUGAUCCAGUUCAAUGUCAAGCAACUAGUGAAGGUGAUCCAGAUCAAUCACAGCUGUGUAGUGCAGCUGGUGAGAUUGACUAUUCUCAGCUAUGUCUCACAGAUGGUGAGGUUGAUGAUUUACAGCUAUGUCAUGCAGGUAGUGCUGGUGUUGAUGCACAGCUACACACAACUAUUGAGGUUGAUGGCACACCCCUUUGUCUUCCAACUGAUGAGGUUGAUGAUACAGAGACUUGUAUUGGAGUUACUGAGGUUGAUGACUCUCAGGUUUGUCAUGCGGCUAUGAAGGAUGAAGUACAAGCUGUUUCACAGUCACCUCUUGAAACUAGUGAGGAUGUUGUGCAGCAUAAUAGCUAUAGCAUUGUAGUAUAAGAAUGUGUAGCAUGUGGCCUCUGAUGUCAUAUUACUUCAGAAUCACUUGGAAAGGUGCUCAAACAAUUCUAUUUUGUAGCGUCUGCAUUUGUGCUGUAGGCCUCGCAUUGCCACAUUGAGCUCUCUAGAUUUUAAAAUUUUCAUUUUUAUUUUGACAGACAGCUCAGGAUGGACAUCACCAGUGUGUGAUAUGGGGCAGAGACAACCAUGAGUGCUUGCUCGGUUAGAAGUCUCUUCAACUUGUCUGAGAUUGGCUGUAAAUUUAAUUUGCCCGAAACAGAUGAGGUGUUGUUCUUGAGUUUAUUGUGUAAGCCACUAAGUAAUGUUCGAUAUUGCAGAAGGAUUUGGUUUCUUAUCCAAUCGUUUAAUUCUUAAA